AUGGGCAACAACAAAAGAGACACGAUUCGAUAUGAACUCGCCGGCGAUGAGACCCCCCACCUGAGCCCAGCUACGCCUACAACUCCCUAUCACGACUUCAGACAUUCCGCCAGCACAGGUGACCUUCCAAAUGCAGUAGAAGUAUCUGCUGAGCCUGUCUUGGCUAGUUCUUCGUCAUCGACAUUCUCCAAUUUCGUUGGAAGCCAUGUUAAAACACGAGACGAUGCCCGAGUCGAUAUUGAUUGCGACUCGAAGCUGGUGCGAACCUUUAGCCGCCUCUACCAACUGCCCGCCGAGAAACACGAUCCAGAAGGCUCUCCAGCCCCAAACUACACUGAAGCACAACCGGGGAACAAAUCUUGGGCCACAAAACUCAACAUCGUCAUACAUGUCGUCGGCAGUCGUGGAGAUGUACAGCCCUUUAUCGCCCUUGGCAACGAGCUCCAACGAUACGGUCACCGCGUCCGCCUAGCAACACACGACAUUUUCGAGAACUUUGUGCGAGAGUCAAACCUGGAGUUCUACCCCAUUGGAGGAAACCCCGCCGAAUUAAUGUCAUAUAUGGUCAAGAACCCUGGUAACCCUUUUGUGGCUGAUGCAAUAAUUGCGAAUCCUCCUAGCUUUGCGCACGUACACUGCGCGCAAGCGCUUGGAAUCCCAGUGCACUUGAUGUUUACAAUGCCUUGGAGUAGUACCAGAGCCUUUCCUCACCCGUUGGCCAAUUUAAAGAACGUUGGCAGUGAUCCUCGGGUUGAAAACUACCUCUCGUAUGGUAUUGUUGAGUGGUUGACCUGGCAAGGUCGCGCAUAUAGCCUGGGGGAUUUGAUCAAUAAGUGGCGACGAUCCAUAGAUCUAGAGGAGGUGGCUAUGUUCGACGCCCCGAUGCUUACGCAGACGCUCAAAAUUCCUUUCACAUACUGUUGGUCCCCGGCCUUGGUGCCAAAACCUGCCGACUGGGCAUCUCAUAUUGACGUGUGCGGAUUCUUCUUCCGAGACGCCCCGAAGUUUUCUCCUCCGCAAGAUCUGGCCGAGUUUCUGAGUGCCGGCCCACCACCCGUCUACAUCGGAUUUGGAAGUAUCGUGUUAGACAAUCCAGAAAAGACUAUCGGAAUUAUCCUGGAUGCUGUCAAAGCUACUGGUGCGCGUGCUAUAAUCUCUAAAGGGUGGUCUGACCUGGCGGGCUCUGCAAAUGAGAACGUGUACUGGAUAGGGGACUGCCCUCAUGAAUGGCUGUUCCAAAAAGUUGCCGCCGUUAUUCAUCAUGGAGGAGCAGGUACAACAGCCUGCGGACUGAGAAACGGGAAACCCACAACCAUCGUUCCGUUUUUCGGCGAUCAACCCUUCUGGGGUGAAAUGGUGGCCAAGGCAGGUGCAGGACCAUUUCCGAUCCCACACAAAGAACUCAGCGUAGAGAAUCUUUCACACGCUAUAAAGUUCUGUCUAUCGGACGAGGCAACUGCUGCUGCAGCACUCAUAGCCAAGAAGAUGGAAUCCGAAGUGGGAGUUCGUGCUGCUGUCCAGUCAUUUCAUAGGCAUCUCCCCCUUGAGAGAAUGAGAUGCGACCUCAUUCCAACUGAGCCUGCUGUGUGGUCAUACUCCAAAUCUAAGCGGCCUAUAAGGCUUUCCAAGAUGGCAGCGGAGAUCAUCCUUUCCAAAAGGCCAGAAGAAGCCAAGCAUAUCAAAGCAUAUCAGAGUAACCCUAUCCGUAUCGAAACAACGAGAUGGGAACCGAUCUCUGGAGGCGCUUCUGCAGUCAUGGCAACGGCAACAGAUAUGGCCACCGGAAUUACUGGUAUAGUCACAAGGCCAGUCGAUGAGUACAGAUACGAACAACAUCUGCGUAGCCUCGAGUUGAAGCAGGCCCAAGUCCAGAACCAGUCUUCAGAUGGUAAGACGAGUCUGUCGAGCAGGCCUUCAAGUGACACAUUGCGACCAAGCACCGCACGUUCGCACUCGCUUGCUGGGAGGAUGGCAGGCGCAUCAGCCAAGAGUAUAGGAAUGAUAGGUCCCGCUGCUCUCAAAGGAAUGAUGGUUGAUAUUCCUCUCGCCUUAACAGAAGGUUUAAAGUCAGUGCCACAACACUACGAUGGCGGCGUGCGCGAUCAUGGACCCGUGACUGGUGUCAAGAGUGGCAUGGUAGUUGCAGGGAAGACGCUCGCCUGGGGCCUCGUUGAUGGUGUAUGCGACGUUUUGGUGCAGCCAUACAAGGGGGCAAGGAAGGAGGGUGUCUUGGGGGCUGUCAAAGGUUUCGGAAAGGGAGCUAUAAGCCUCACGACCAAGAGCGGAGCUGGCUCAUGUUCUAUUUUAAGUGCUAAAAUACAGAUGGUCAGGGUCACCGCCAGAAUAAUGGAGCUAGCCUACGGAUGGUCUAGUGAAUGCACUGACUUGUUACCGAACGAGGUUAAACGAGCCUUAACGAGGUACAAGCAGGUCAGAACCUGUAACGAGUGA